UGAAUAUGAUCUAAACAUUCUAAACCAUAGACAUAAUAAUAUUAUUAUGUCUAUGUUCUAAACGCAUAUUCCAUGAUAAUAGACCUUAUAUACCUAUAUUCUUACUCUAUGCCUURUACUUAUCUCCAUUUUUUAGUAUCUCUGGUCCCGGUCGCUGAAAAUGUCAGAUGCCGAAAAAUGAUAAACAAUAAUAUUGAUAACAAAUAUCGAGUAUCGACAUUAAUUAUUUACUUGAACUUAAUAMUUAAUAAUAAUUAAUAUUAUUACAAUUUGCUAUAAUUUUUUAAUUAUUAAUAUUGUUCUACUAAUGCCGAGUUAGGACAUUUUAGUUCAUUAUUUAUUAGUGUUUAGUACUUUUGAGAUUUGACACUAGGUAGUUAGGUGUUUGCAACAAUUUUGAAUUUUUUUCAUGAUCUCGAUUUGUUAAGUUGUAAACUAUACUUAAACAAAUUAAAUUACAAUUUCAACAUCCACUUUAAAUUUAUCAUAUUAUCUAAACUAAUAAGUUAUUGUAAAAUAUAUUUUGUAAUUUUUAAAAUUAAAACAUUUUAAUAGUAUUAUAACCACGGCUUGAUUAUAACUAAAGAUGAGUGGUGGAUCUUUGGAUGUUUCAAAAGCUGGAAAUGCUUUGUGGCUUGUUAAAGUACCGAAAUUUGUAGCAGAUAAGUGGGACAAUGCCCCUGGCAGCUUAGAUGUAGGUAAAAUUAAGGUAACAAAUACACCAGGAAAAAGACCAGAUAUUUCACUUCAUCUGUCUGAAGCUGUCUUGUGCUUAGAGGGUGAAAAAAACGAACCAAUACCUAAAUCAUUCAAAUUAGAUGUGUCACACUUUACUAGCCAAACAAUGGUUGCAUUAUCUGAACAAAGAAUGUCUUAUAAUCCUGAUGCAGUUGUUCAAGAAACUGAUAAAUUAGCCAUUCUUGGAAAAAUUAGUCAGAAACUAGAGUGUCGGCCAAUUGGAGAUCAGGUUUAUAUGGACUUAAAAAAACAAGCUAUACGGAAAGCACAUAUUCCAACUCGACAAGUUCAAAAGUUAGACAAAGUUGUACAAAACUUCAAGCCCAUAUCUGAUCAUAAACAUAAUAUUGAAUAUAAUGAAAAGAAGAAGUCUGAAGGUAAAAAGGCACGUGAUGAUAAAGAUGCUGUCAUGGCUAUGUUGUUUAAGGCAUUUGAGAAACAUCAAUACUAUAACAUUAAAGAUUUGGUUACAUUAACUAAACAACCAGUAGUAUAUUUAAAAGAAAUCCUAAAAGAGGUUUGUAAUUAUAAUCUMAAACAUCCUCAUAAGAAUAUGUGGGAGUUAAAACCUGAGUAUAGACAUUACAAAGAACAGGAAGAUAAUGAGACGAWUAAGUAAUAAUUGUAAUUUACAUCAUACAUAAUUAUAAUUUAUAAAUAUUAAACCAACAUUUUUCGAAUC